AUGGAAGCCCCUGCAUCCAUCAGUGGCAUUGGAGAAGCUGGUUCUUCUGGGAACCAGAAACCAAUGCAAAUGCCUGAAACAGUGGAAGGGUGUGACCAUGAAGUGUUCUUGAGCUUUAGAGGACCGGAUACGCGCACGGGCAUCACCGAUCAUCUUUACUGCCGUCUCAAAGAAGCAGGAGUCCGCACAUACUGUGACAACGAAGAGCUUCGCAUCGGUGAAGAGAUCGGCCCAGACCUUCUUGGAGCGAUUGAGCAAUCGAAGAUCUCCAUACCCAUCUUCUCUAAAGGAUAUGCUUCUAGCAAAUGGUGCCUUAAUGAGCUAGCUCAUAUGGUGGACUGUAGGAGGAAUGGACAAAUAAUUAUUCCCCUUUUCUACUAUGUCGAACCAUCCAAGGUUCGAUAUCAAACCGGAGGUUAUGGUGAGGCCUUGCUCGUGCACAAAGACAAGAAGCGUGUGGACAAUGCGACCAUCCGGAAGUGGAGAGCUGCUCUCAAAGAGGUUGGAGGGUUAAAGGGGUAG